AUGGAUCGCGAAUAUUAUAAAUCAAUGUGUCUUUCUGUGUUAGAAAAUAGUUCAUACUAUGAAAAACAAUUUACAUACGAAAGUAAGAAGGUCAUGGAAAAACUCGAGACUAUCAUAGAUGAAUACGGACAAAAACUUACUGCCAAGGAAACCGCAUAUCUUUUGUCAUUUAACAUUAAAACCAGUAACUUUUAUGGUUUGCCAAAAAUACAUAAAAGCCAGACAAUUAAAAAUGAAUGUAAAAUUUCCAGAUCAACAUACAUAAGUGUUGCAAGUCCAGCUGAUCUCACAGUUAGACCCAUAGUUGCGGGACCAACAUGUGAAACUCACAGGAUAAGUAAUCUAUUGGAUAUAUUAUUGAAACCGUAUGUUACCAAAGUUCAAAGUUAUAUACGAGACACAGUAGAUUUCCUUAAUACAAUUCCUGAGAAAGUCAACCCUGAAUCCAUUUUGGUUUCAUUUGAUGUCACCAAUCUCUUUUCUAACAUUCCACAUGAUCUUGGACUCAUUGCAAUAGAACAUUGGAUAGACAGAUUUCCUAGUCUUUUGAAUGACAGAUUUCCGAAAAACUUUGUUUUAGAAAGCCUUCAAUUAAUCUUGGAAAAUAAUUUCAUGCAUUUUAAUGACAUAGUCUACAGACAAAAAUUAGGCACGGCAAUGGGAACCAAAGUUGCGCCAACUUAUGCUACACUUGUCCUAGGAUUCCUAGAAGAAAAACUGUAUUUAACCGUGAAAGAAAAAUUCGAGCAGGACUUUGAAAAUUUUAUUAGGAAGUCGUGGAUACGCUACUUAGAUGACUGUUUCGUCAUGUGGGACAAAAGUGAUGAUCAACUAAUGAAAUUUUUUAAUAUUCUCAAUACCCUGAGCCCUACAUUGAAAUUCACCAUGGACUCGGAUAGUAAUAAGUUAUCCUUUCUCGAUGUAAUGGUUAUUAAAAAAGAAAACCGUUUAAUAACGGAUGUUUUCUACACAAUAACAGAUACCAAACAAUACCUAAUAUUUGACUCUUGUCACCCUAGACACACCAGGAAUAAUAUCCCAUACAAUUUAGCCAGACGUCUUUGUACAAUAAUUUCCGAUGCAGCUCACAGAACUACAAGAACUACUCCUUCAAAGGCACUAUCCUAA